UGAAUGUAAUGUCAGAAUUAUUUGGAGGCCGUCAAAACUGGCCGUUCACAGAGAAAGAUGUCCAUAACAAGAAAGCUGAGCAAGCAAGGGAGGAGAGGGAUGGUGACAUGGAUAAACUGUUCCAAUUUUUCAGGGAGUGCAAAGAACACAAUGAAUACUUUUACUGGGAUGUGGAUUUUGAACCAAAAACAAAUGUGCUUCGGAGCAUUUUUUGGUGUCAUGCAAGUCAGCGUGCAGAAUACAAGGAUUUUGGGGAUGUAGUCACAUUUGACACAACACACAAGACUAACAACAAGCAUAUGCCGUUGGCCAUGUUUGUGGGUUGCAGCAAUAAUUUGAAAAAUGUGUCCUUUGGCCAAGCACUUCUUCGGGAUGAAACAAUAGACACAUUCAGAUGGCUUUUUGAGACCUUUAAAAGUUGCAUGGGUGGUCAGCAACCUUUUGUGAUUCUUACAGAUGAAGAUGCAGCGAUGAAGGAAGCAAUAAGGAUUGUGUUUAACAAGACACAACACCGAAAUUGACGAUGGCACAUAACCAGAACAUGGGAUUACGAACUC